UUGUCUUUUUUAGGCUCCUCUUCUUGAUACCCACCCGCUUCUCCCCUCCUGAUUUCUCUCCCCUUCAUUAUCUCUAAUCAAGGUUUCAUCAUGGUUCAUUGUGAUCAAUUUUCUCUUUCUGGGCUGCGAAGCUCCUUGCCGCCACUAGAUGGCAGUCAGGCCACGUCUUUCAGGCGCCUCUUGCAAGCUAAAGCGCUUUGCAAAUUCCCACGCCAGGCUUGGAUAUUGCAGCCCUUGUUGGCUCCGGUGCUCUUCAGACGACGCUCUUAAAUCAGGCACAGGCAGGAUGGCUAAUUUCCGCCCAUCCCCUGAAAACUCGAGAGAAAUUCCUGGAGAAUUUGGAAACAUGGAAGUGUGCGGAAGAUGGUUGAGCCGAAACGGACGAUUGCAGCUUACAGAAGUCGCAGAGAGCUGGUCCAGGAAGAAGAGCAUUGAGGCCACAGUGGUUUGGGCAAGUGUCCAAGACCAAAAAGGCCACUUCAACCUCCUCAAAUUGGAGGAGGCCAUCAAGGAAGUCUACGAAGAUUUCAAGACGUUGAGGUCCUACAAGGAGGAACGCCUGGCAGGAGAAAAACUCUACCUUCAUUCGGAUCGGUUUCGUUAUUACCCUGAUGAACACAUCCUCCGGGAAACCCUUGAAACAUUAAGGAUACAACGGAAAGAGUUGGUCCUCAGAAGGUCUCAAGAGGUUUGCUCCACCAGAAGACCCGCUCGCUAUGCCCAAGAAGUCUGUUUCAAAGAUCAAGAAGAGGAUUGGGGUAACCAACCGAAGACAAUCCGAGCCAACCUUGAUAGUAGAUGUGUCCGUUUGUCCCCGGAGAACCGGAAAAAAAAUAGGUCUCUUUCUGAAAGGAAGGAACGUGUGACUUCCCUCUUUUGUUUAUGUGGAAAAAAGAAGGAAAAAUAAGGAAGUUUGUUUACCAGAAAGCAAUCCAGCAAGUUAACUAUUCUACAUUCCCGAAUGACGUUGAUCGACGGUUCUAUGUUUGUUAGUAAUUCAAGUGUUGGGUAUUUUAAUGUUUGGGGGAAAAAAAAAACAUUCUUCUACAGCUCUUUGUAGCGGGAUGAAACAUCCCCUCGUGGACCACGUUGUUGCCUCCGUGGAGAAUUUUGCCUUUGGUGAAAUAUCUCUUCUUAAGCCACAUCUUAACGGGGCAGCCGGACUUUUAAAUCAAGAGAGUUGAUAACACGGGAGUGAUUGAAGGCAGCCACGCCUGGAGAGAGAGAGAGAGACGCCAGUUUGGCCCAGGAAAAUUGGCAGGAGAAUUCUGUUUGCAUUCGGGACAAAAGGCCACCAGGCUUUAUUUGGUCAGCGCCAGCAAAGGAAGCGCUUGACCCAUUUGGUUGCAAGAUUGUGCCCUCUGAGGUCCUUUCAAAUGGGACCGAAGAGGAGGGGGGGUGUGGCGAUAGGAGUAUACAUAAUGCUGUGGAUUUGACAGUUUGAGUGUGGUCUCUGUUUCAGAAAUCCCUGUCAAAGUUUCAGAGAUUCACCACACUUUGCAAACUGCUUUUUUUCUGUUUUCAGCAGAAUAAACCCUUUUCUUAACCAA